GUUCAAAGUGGGGUCAGUGCUUUUCAAUCAAAUGGUACUGUAAGGGUGCUUUCUUGAUAAUGACUUUCCGAAAUAUUUCCAAAGAGGCCCUGGCCGGAUCCAUCACCCUGGGAGUGAUUUUUAUCGCAGGUUACGUCUUCGGGAAAAAGAAGUCUUCCAGAAUGAGUAUCAUCAAAAGUCACUGUGGGGAUGACCCACUGAUGCAGUACGUCCUCAAUCAUUCCAUGAGGGAGCAUCCGGUCCUGAAAGAACUCAGACUGAGGACAAUGGAACACUCCUGGAACAUCAUGAUGGUCGCCUGUGAGCAGUCGCAGUUCAUGGCCAAUCUGGCAAAACUAAUAAAGACCAAGAAGGCAUUAGAGAUUGGUGUAUAUACAGGUUACAACACUUUGAGCAUGGCGCUGGCUUUGCCCGAUGAUGGUGUCGUGGUGGCAUGUGAUAUCACAGAUGACUACCCCAACAUCGGCAAACCCUUCUGGAAAGAGGCUGGAGUUGAGAAGAAAAUUGAUCUGCGCAUUCAGCCAGCGUUGAAAACUCUGGAUGAUCUCCUUGCUGCUGGCGAAGCUGAAACAUUUGACUUUGCCUUCAUUGAUGCAGACAAAGUCAACUAUGACAACUACUUUGAGAAGUGUCUGCAGCUGUUAAGGAAAGGGGGCGUCAUUGCAAUUGACAAUGUGCUGUGGGGCGGUAAAGUGGUGAAUCCUUCCCCUGACGACCCUGAUACUGUUGCCAUUGACAAGCUCAACAAGAAGUUACACAGAGAUGUUCGGAUCAAUCUGAGCAUGUUAACUGUGGGAGAUGGGCUGACACUGGCUAUUAAACUAUAAAAAAGGUGCCUAAUAAGAGCAAUAACUCGUAGUGCAACACUGGGUCACUGUUACCUGAAGGUCUAUUAUAACAUGGAGUAUGUGAUGGAAACUAAAGUACUACAAAUGCAGGUUAAUGUGGGAAUAAUGGAAUUGUAUCUUUCUGCAAUAAUAGCUCAUUUCCAGUUACAAGACUAAUUGCAACAUUUGGGUGAAAUUUGAUUAAAAAAAACUAAACUUA